AUGACUGGAAUAUCCCAUCUUAUAUCAAAAAGAGCAAAAUCAAGACAAAGUUCUCAUUUUACAAAUGGACCAAGUGAACAACCUCCAAAAGGUUUUAAACCACAUGAAAAACCAUUAUUAUUAUCAUAUGGAACUCCAAAUGAUGGGUUUUUUCCAAUUGAUUCAAUAGAUGUAAAUUUAGUUGAAUAUCCUUUUGAACAUCAACAAAAAUUUAAUAAUUCAAUGGAAAAUUUAUCAAUUUCUGAAAAGAACCCAAAUUCAGUUCAUAUUGAAAGACAUACUAAAAACCCAAAUUUAAUUGAUUUAUCAAAAGGUUUACAAUAUGUUAAAGUUGAAGGUCAUGAUCCAUUAAUUGAAUUUACUGAAAAUUUUAUCAAAAGAACUCAUCCACCAAAUUAUGAUAAUUGGUCACUGAUAUUAACAACUGGUGCAAGUGAUGGAUUAAAUAAAGCAUGUGAUGCAAUAUUAGAUCCUGGUGAUGUUAUAUUAGUUGAAGAAUUUACUUUCACUCCAUUUUUAAGAUUUUCUGAUAAUUCUGGUGCAAUUCCCGUACCUAUAAAAAUUGAUUUGUCAAAUGAUUCAAAUGGUAUUGAUUUAAAUUAUUUAGAAAAUUUAUUAAAGAAUUGGGAUACCACGAAAUUACCAAAACCAAAAGCUCUUUAUACUAUUGCAACAGGACAAAAUCCCACUGGUUUUACUCAAACAUUAGAAUUUAGAAAAAAAAUUUAUAAAUUAGCUACUGAUUAUGAUUUUAUUAUAAUUGAAGAUGAUCCUUAUGGUUAUUUAACAUUACCAAAAUAUCAAGGACCACCUAAAAAAAAUCAAUUUGAAUUAAAAGAUCAAUUAACUUUAGAAGAUUAUUUAACAAAACAUUUAACUCCUUCUUAUUUAGAAAUUGAUGAUGUUGGAAGAGUUAUUAGAGUUGAAACUUUUUCAAAAUUAUUUGCACCAGGUUUAAGAUUAGGUUUUAUUAUUGCAGAUAAAUCAAUAAAUUUAGUUAUAAAAAAUUAUGCAGAAACUGUUAAUAGAGGUUCAUCAGGUUUAGCUCAAACUGUCGUAAAUAAUGUUAUACAGGAUAAAUUAGGUGGUGUUGAUGGUUGGUUACAAUGGGUUUUAAAAAUGAGAGCUACUUAUUCAUAUAGAAAAGAUCUUUUAUUACAAACAAUUUAUGAAUCAAAAGCUUAUGAAAAAGGGUUAGUAGAUGUAAUAGAUCCAAAAGCAGGAAUGUUUGUAACUUUAAAGAUUGAAUUUUUAAAAGAUGAUUCAGAUAUAAUUUUAAAAAUGAAAGAACUUUUAUGGAAAGUUAUAAGUUAUGGAGUUUCAGUUGUACCUGGUCAUAAUAUGACUGUUGAUAAAGAAUUUUCAAAAUCAAGAAGUAAUUUUUUUAGAUUGUGUUAUGCUCCUGCUAAUAAUGAUUAUGAAAUUAUUGAAAGUGGUAAAAGAUUAACUGAUGCUAUUUUGGAGUUUUAUGAAAAUGGUGAAAAGUUUUAG